GGAAGAAAAGUCUGAAGAGCAGGAUCUCCAGGGCCUGAAGGACAAACCUUUGAAGUUCAAAAAGGUGAAGAAGGAUAAGAAAGAAGACAAAGAGGGCAAGCAUGAGCCCCUGCAGCCAGCAGCCCACCACUCUGCCGAGCCAGCAGAGGCCGGCAAAGCAGAGACCUCAGAAGGGUCAGGCUCGGCCCCAGCCGUGCCAGAAGCUUCUGCAUCCCCCAAGCAGCGGCGCUCCAUCAUUCGUGAUCGGGGCCCCAUGUACGAUGACCCCACUCUGCCGGAAGGUUGGACCCGAAAGCUUAAGCAAAGGAAAUCUGGCCGCUCCGCUGGGAAGUAUGAUGUGUACUUGAUCAAUCCCCAGGGAAAAGCCUUUCGCUCUAAAGUGGAGUUGAUUGCGUACUUCGAAAAGGUAGGCGACACCUCCCUGGACCCUAAUGAUUUUGACUUCACGGUAACCGGGAGAGGGAGCCCCUCCCGGCGAGAACAGAAACCACCUAAGAAGCCCAAAUCUCCCAAAGCUCCAGGAACUGGCAGAGGUCGGGGACGCCCCAAAGGGAGUGGCACCACAAGACCCAAGGCAGCCGCGUCAGAGGGUGUGCAGGUGAAAAGGGUUCUGGAGAAAAGUCCUGGAAAGCUACUCGUCAAGAUGCCUUUCCAAGCUGCGCCGGGCAGCAAGGCAGAAGGGGGUGGGGCCACCACCUCAGCCCAGGUCAUGGUCAUCAAGCGCCCCGGCCGGAAGCGAAAAGCGGAGGCCGACCCCCAGGCCAUUCCCAAGAAACGAGGCCGAAAGCCGGGCAGUGUGGUUGCUGCCGCCGCUGCCGAAGCCAAAAAGAAAGCCGUGAAGGAGUCAUCAAUCCGGUCCGUUCAGGAGACCGUGCUGCCCAUCAAGAAGCGCAAGACCCGGGAGACGGUGAGCAUUGAGGUGAAGGAGGUAGUCAAGCCCCUGCUGGUGUCCACGCUCGGCGAGAAGAGCGGGAAGGGACUGAAGACCUGCAAGAGCCCAGGGCGGAAAAGCAAGGAGAGCAGUCCCAAGGGGCGCAGCGGCAGCGCCUCCUCGCCCCCCAAGAAGGAGCACCACCACCACCACCACCAUGUGGAGCCCCCGAAGGCCCCCGCGCCGCUGCUCCUGCCCCCGCCCCCACCCCCGCCCGAGCCCCAGAGCUCCGAGGACCCUGCCAGCCCCCCUGAGCCCCAGGACUUGAGCAGCAGCGUCUGCAAAGAGGAGAAGAUGCCGAGAGCAGGCUCGCUGGAGAGCGAUGGCUGCCCCAAGGAGCCUGCUAAGACUCAGCCCACGCUCGCCACCGCGGCCCCGGCCACAGAAAAGUACAAACACCGAGGGGAGGGAGAGCGCAAAGACAUUGUCUCAUCCUCCAUGCCAAGGCCAAACAGAGAGGAGCCUGUGGACAGCCGGACGCCCGUGACCGAGAGAGUUAGCUGACUUUACGCAGAGCGGAUUGCAAAGCAAACCAACAAGAAUAAAGGCAGCUGUUGUCUCUUCUCCUUAUGGGUAGGGCUCUGACAAAGCUUCCCGAUUAACUGAAAUAAAAAAUAUUUUUUUUUCUUUCAGUAAACUUAGAGUUUCGUGGCUUCAGGGUGGGAGUAGUUGGAGCAUUGGGGAUGUUUUUUUCUUAUCGACAAGCACAGUCAGGUUGAAGACCUAACCAGGGCCAGAAGUAGCUUUGCACUUUUCUAAACUAGGCUCCUUCAACAAGGCUUGCUGCAGAUACUACUGACCAGACAAGCUGUUGCCCAGGCUUCUUAGGGUGUGCCUGCACCUCCCUCCCACCCAGUCCCCCCCACGUGGUCACUAGGGACAGAGAGCACUUGAGAAGACACUCCUGGUUUGGGGGCCAUCGGUACCCCAGUCUCAGCUCUCCUCUCCCCCCACACCCCGCCCAGCCUCGAGCUCCACCACCCCACCCUCCAGUCCCCCUUAUGCCCACCCACGUCGGGACCAGGAGGUCCGAGGCAAGAGAGACAGUUGGAUCCUUUAGAGAUGGUGGAGACGGCCAGUGGCUCCAGCCCGUGUGAUCCCACACAUGGGGGCACACAGACGGCUUCCCACCACCCCCAACCCCAAAUCGACCAGGACAUUUCACAGGAUGGGGACAUAGCACCUAUCGGCCCCGGUUCUGGCCCAGCUAGGAGGGAGGCAUCCUUUGAGCCCCCCGGGUGUCGACUGGCCUGCGCCAGAGGCGACAUUGGCCCAGGGCCGGCCUCCAGCGGGUAGCACUAGACAGGGGCCACCAAGGCCAUGGGCCAAGGCCCCAGCAGGCUGGCCCAGGCUGCAGCCAGCGGAGUGCCGCAGGCCAGGCGGAAGGCAUCCCUAGCUGCUCAGAGCAGUUGUGGCCACUAGUUCGAGCCUUAGUAGAUGGGGCCGGGGGCCAGGGGGAAGGCAGAGGAAAUAUUCUUCCAAAACUUUUCCAAUUCUCAACUCCUUUAGGGACAGCUUAGAACUAUUUGCACUAUUGAGUCUUCAUGUUCCCACUUCAAAACAAACCUGCUCUGCGAGCAACCUAGCGGGCUUGACUUGGCGACCCUUUGUCCCUCAGGCCACUAGACGUGACGGUGUUGACAACUACCUGGAUCUGUAUAUACCUGCGCUUGUUUUCAAGUGGGCUCAGCACAUAGGGUUCCCACGAAGCUCCGAAACUCUAAGUGUUUGCUGCAAUUUAUAAGGACUUCCUGAUUGGUUUCUCUCCUCUCCUUUGGUUUCUGUCUCCUUUCAUUUCAGCCUUUUCAUUUCUCCCCUUCCUCCCUUGUCCUCACUGCUCCCUUCUGUUCCAGGCAGCCGCAGUGCCCGACCAUACUUCGAGCCGACACUGGUCAGCUCAGGCCCCCAGAACUCCCCCGACCCUUGGCCUUCCCGCCGUCCACCCCAGCUCCCCCUGCCAACCAUUUCUGAGCCCUGAGGAAGCCCCAGACUCCGCUGAAUCCACCCAGCUCUAGUACCCCAGCCUCUCUGAGGGGCAUGGGAGAGGCAAGAUCUUGCUCUCCCAGGAGUCCCCUCCUUCGGUCAGACCCUGGAUCCCAGGUCUCCUCAGCCUUCCCACUCAAUGGCAGUGGGUAGGAGAAGUGGACCGAGAUUGGGAUUGCAGAGCCAAGGGCAGCACAGAGACCCGCUGUGGCCUGCCAGUGUCACGGAGUGGCCAAGCCCUGACCUUGGCCUGUGCAGGACCCGGCUAGGGUGGGUUAGUCAGGCCAGGCAGCAGGCAAAAUGAGUGCAGAUACCCCCUGCCACUCCUCUGAGCAGUAGUUCUCCUCUGCUGGGCCCUGUGUGGCCUUUGCUUGGUGGCUGGUGGGGGGGGGGGGUUGGUACUUCACACUUUUCCCCAUCAGCACCAGGGGCUGUGGUGUUGGGCUGUCAAGGCUUGGGCUUGUUGCGGGGUGUUCAUUUGUCAGUUUCAGUUCGAGACCCCGUGCUUUUACCCUCUGUUCAGGAAGUCCUUAUUUAGCUGCAUAUCUUCAUCAUAUUGGUAUAUCCUUUUCUGUGUUUACAGAGAUGUCUCUUAUAUCUAAAUCUGUCCAACUGAGAAGUACCUUAUCAAAGUAGCAAACGAGACAGCAGUCUUAUGCUUCCAGAAACACCCACAAGCACGUCCCACGUGAGCUGCUGCCAUGAACUGUCAAGUGCGUGUUGUCUCGUGUAUUUCAGUUACUAUCCCCCAGCUUUCCUCACUGCAGUGUAACCAUGAAGGAGUGAAACAUCUUAGAAACCAUCUAGCACUUCCUUGCCAGUCCUUUAGUGAUCAGGACCCCUAGUUGACAGUUCCAAUCAGUAGCUUCAGAAAAAAAAACGAAACCGUGUCUCUCUCUCCCAGAACGGUUAAAAGCAAGGGAGUUUGCCCUGUUUUGUUUGUGGAGUUGUAGCUGCCCUUUCUAGCAUUUUUGUAUCCAUUUCUUGAUGCUGCAAAAGCAAGUCCCCCAACCAAACCCACUCUGCUGUCCACCUGCUGGGCUUCACUUCUGAGUCCUCCCCCAGGAAGGGAUGGGAGUUGGAAGAGGGGGCGUGUUCGUUGGGGUCCCUCUUUCUCCAAGGACAAAAGGCUCCUGGCACUCUCAGAGGACCCCUGUCCACAUGAGCCCGCUCUCCAGCCCAUUUGUCAUGGAGGUGCCAUCUGGUUUCCUGGGUCAGGUUUUGAGGCAUUAAUUAAACCAAAUCCAUAAAACAUGGCUCCUGGAACCAGUCUCCAAAGCUGACCUCUCCAGCAGCUUGGCAUCAUCUGGUCCUGGGCCAAGGAGAGCUGGGCCUGCCAUGCCCCACUUUGACCUGUAACAGUUGAUUUUGGGGCUGACCGAUGUGGUGGUCGAGAACACCGAAUCUCAAGUGGCGUUUCCUUUCUGCCCAGCCUGACCUGCAGGCCCCUUGCUCCGCAGCUCCCGCCUCUAGAGUUUCAAGGCUAUAGGUGGCACCUUAGGGUUUUCUCCCCCUUUGAUCCACAUUCCCUCUCCCCCAGAUACAGGCAUUAUGAGCGAGUCACCUUUGGGCAGGGGCGCUGAAGGUCCUGUACCACAUCUGUCCUGGAGACAGGUGGACAGAAGGUUGGAGGGCAGGCCUAGCCUUGGAAUUCCUCACCAGCUGUGUCCGGCCCAGUUGGGGAGUGUGAUGUUGAUUCUGUGUGUACUUGAACACCGCGAAGAUUCAGGGGGUAUCCCUUACGGACUGUGUCCAGAAGGCAGGAAUUGAUAAGACAGCUUUCAGAUACCCAAGGGGCUAGGUCGGUCACAUUGGGUCUCCCUGCCCCGUGCCUGUCACUUGGCUGUCCUAACCCGUGUCAUUGCUGGCAUUGACACCACAGUGAGGUGUGGCCCCUGGGCCACAGCAAGGUCCAGCACAUGUCCCUUCUGCACCGUAGUCCCUAUAGAAAGGCACAAGAGACCCCCCCAGAAAUGCCCUGCUCCUCCCCACCACUCCCCUCAGCUCCCUGGACAGUGGAAGCCACAGUGGUGGCCUGGGCAUGCCGGCCACAGCCAGCACCUGACUUCUCUCCUGAGCCCCCAUGCCAUUGCUAGCAGCAGUCUGCUCAGUGGUGGUAUGCCAGCCUAGAGGCCACGAGCAGUGGCGGUGGGACAUGGAACAGCACCAGGUUGUCACCUGCCUCCCUGCCUGUCAUUGCCGUGACAGCCAUCAUGAAGGAGGGUACUUAAUAGCCACAAGCACGCUGCUAUCUUUGGUGGGAGAGCAGUUUCCUUAGCUGACAGGAUCUCUGGAUUUGAAGUAACUUCUAACAAGCAGCGUGAGCCCAGGAGGGAACAGAGGGUGUAAAGGGAAGCCACCAGGUAUGGCAGCCUGGAUCUCGUGGAGCCUGGCAGUUGAGCUCUGUGCCUCCUCUCCAGAGUGUUCCUACCAGGCCCAACAAGGCCAGGGGAGGUCACAGGCAUCAGCCCUAGCUCAGCGCAGCCAUCUCUAGCGGGGUCAUGGCCCCAGAUUGUUUUUCUGAUGUGAGUUGCCUGUGUGGGUGGCCCAGACCAUCCAGACCUUGGGGAAGUGAGUUCUCUCUAGAGCCCUGUGGGCAUCAGCCUACUGACCCCCUGAGUACUGGCCAGUGCCUGGGGAGGGCCAGGGGCACAGGCGUGUUGCCAGGCUCGUAGUGGAAUCCCCGCUCUCGAGCCCGACAGCCCCGCCACGUGUUCCGGCUCUCAGUUGCUCUCUGCAAGGGCCCCAUCUCAGCACUCUGCUCUACUGGAGGGGUUUGUUGAGUGUUUUUGCUUCUUUCUCUUUUUGAAUCUGUAUCAAUCUUUAGAAAACAUAGCGGAAUUAUUAGAGCUCGCUAGGAUACUGCCUCACCCAGGGUCUAAAGUUCCAUGUUCAAGGGGAAAAAAAGGGAACACUGAAGCCCCUUGUCAACAUUGCAGAAGGAAGACCUAGGAAACCUUGAGCAAGAAACUACAUCCUGAUGUUUCUGAGUGAAUAAGAGCAAGCUUUUGCCAAAAAAAAGGCUGAUCUAAGAGGACUUGGAGCCUGGCCUGCUGUGUGGCCAGCGCUGCAGGUGAAGGGGAAUCCAGCCUGAAACUGCUGGGUCUGUGCCUUGGAGCCCUUGGGGCACUGGAGAGUCUAUCUCUCUGUCUCUUUCUCUGGCUCUCGGGUAGCGGUCCCUGCAGGGAGACCUGCCUGUCUCGAAGCUACAGCAGCCCAGCUCCAGGUGGGAAAGGGGGGCGCUCAGCAGAGAAUUGUGAAGGCACGCAACCUCCUCGCUACCUGACUUCACCUGUUCUUCCUCUGUCAUCUCCAGCGAGCCUACCCCAAAUGCCGAGGUGUCAGGAAGAAUUGGUUUGAAUUAGGCCCCAGGCCACUAAGCAGGAGAAAGUGAUGUCUCCUCCACAGCGUCUGCCUGUGGUGUGGCCUGCCCCUGAGGACAGUCCCUGGCUCUGCGCUCCUUGGGGCCUGGGGCCAAGGGAGGGCAGGGGAGAGAACCCUCAUGGAAGGGGCUUCAGCUGGGGGUUUCCAAAUAUUGGGGAAACUUGCCUUGGUUCUGCCGCCACCCCCUCGGUCACCUGUCUCCUUGAGUCCUGCUCAGCGGUGAGAGGAAAAGGCCACGAGAUUUGGCUCCUGCCCACUGGUAGUCCCUCUCCCCACAGUGUCUGUGUGUCAAGUGACAAAGCUGUUCUUCCUGGUGACCCGGAUUAUAUCUAGUAUCUUCUAGACUAUAUGCAUAGACCUGCUUGGUCUUUUCUGUCCUGGGCUUUUGUUUUGCUCUUUAGUUUUGCUUUUCCCUCUCCUGUCCCUUUUAUUUAAAUACACUGACUAGACACACAAAGCAGUUGAAUUUUUAUAUAUAUAUAUCUGUAUAUUGCACAGUUAUAAACUCAUUUUGCUUGUGGCUCCACACACACACAUACACACACACACACACACACACACACAAAGACCUGUUAAAAUUAUACCUGUUGCUUAAUUACAAUAUUUCUGAUAACCAUAGCAUAGGACAAGGGGAAAUUUUAAAAAACCAAAAAAAAAAAGAAAAAAAAAAACACAAAUGAAGAAAACAAACAACAAAAAAAAACCUGACAAAUCCGUCUGCUGGUCACUCGUGUCCAAGCAGAACCGUGGUCUUUCCUCGCUUCUUUCAAGGGCUUCCCAGUGCCGAGCGAAGGAGGCAGCUCCUGGGUUUCGCACUGUUUCUCCCAAGCUUGUGAGGGGGGCCCCAGGGCGCUGGUGUAGGCAGGACAGUUCGUUUCAGUGGGUGGAUGCAAGCGUGCUCCCUGGCUCUGGCGAAGCCCAGAAUGUAGUUGGCACUGCCUGGUCCCCUUUGACCUCUGGGUGGGGCAGCUGGCAUUCAUGGGGGUGACCUGCCCCCCCGACACCCUCCAGUGACCCAGAGUGAUGGUGUGCAGACAGGCAGCAAGCCUCCCCACUGGUAGGGCCCGUCUCUGCCAAGUCUGGGGGCCACAGGGGAGACGUAAGGCUGUGUCUCAAUUCAGAAAGUGUGAGCCGUACCAGGUAGAACAUCAGGGACCCCAGAACCACACGUGCGGUCCAGCGGGUCCCCUCCAGGAGGUAGCGAAGACUCCAGAAACGUUCCUUCCUCUCCCCCCCCCCAAUCCUACGAGUAAUUGCAUUUGCUUUUGUAAUUCUUACUGAGCAAUAUCUGCUAGAGAGUUUAGCCGUAAGUUCUUUUUGAUCAUUUUUUAAGUAAGUAAAAACACCAAAAAAAAAUAAGAAUAAUAUCCAGAAACUUGUUCUUCCAAAGCAGAGAGCAUUAUAAUCACCAGGGCCAAAAGCUUCCCUCCCCGCAUUAUUACUUCUGAGGCCUACGUCCAAAAGAAACCCUUAGAGGCCCUUCAGGUGGCCAGGCACCCCUCAGGCCCCUGGGAGGACCUGGGCCUGGGGGCUGGGCCCCACCUUCAGGUCAGUAUUAGUGGUGGGUUCCUGCCUCUUCUCCUACCCAGCCUGGGCCAGGGGGGCAGAGGAAGCCGCUGCGACCACUGCUGUCCAGCCUCUUGCAGAUGGGUGUUGGCGCGUGUCCAGUUCUGCCCGAGAUCUGAAGGUGGCACCGAAUUAGCCUCAGCCGGUGACCUCUCACCUGGCCUGCCCCAGGCAGCAGGGCCCACCCAGUGCACUGUUCCUGGGUUGCUGGACGGUGGCAUGGCAAAGGCUUGCAGAACUCAAAACCUGCUCCUUCCCUUGCUCCCAAGGCCUCCUUUUCCGUUUAAAUUGUCACUGCUUCAAUAACAGCCGCUCCAGAGUCAGUAGUUGAUGAAUAUAUGACCAAAUAUCAUCAGGACUGUUACUCGGUGUGCUGAGCCCUCUCCUCGCACGGGGCUCCUGUACCCGGACACUGUACCGUGUGCUGUGUUUGCGCUCCUCCCCUCCUCCACCCUCCCCUCGUCUCUCUGGGGUUGUUUCUGUUUGGGUUUGGUUUGGUUUUGAGUUCUCCUUUUGUGUUCCAAACAUGAGCUUCUCUCUACUGGUCCUCUUAACUGUGGUGUUGAGGCUUCUAUUUGUGUAAUUUUCGGUGGGUGAAGGGAAUUUUGCGAAGUAAAUCUCUUCUGUGUUUGAACUGAAGUCUGUAUUGUAACCAUGUUUAAAGUAAUUGUUCCAGAGACAAAUGCUUCUAGACACCUUUUCUUUACCAACAAAAGAAUUUGGAGGGAGGGGAUGGUAACCAGAAGGAGAGGGGCUGUCCUCUUGCCCCAGGAGGGGGAGAGCCAAAGACAGGACCCCCUGCCCAGAUCAGCCAGAAGCCACCCAAAGAAGUGACACCUAUAGCUGACAAAGUAAAUAGCUGACGUGCUGCCAUUUGUGAAGUCAGAGCAAAACCAGGUUUUGGUCCACUCCCAGAUUAGUAGCAUCAAGUUUAUUUUUUUAAGGACAGACAAGGUUGACGUUCCUGCAAGGGGAGCCAGCCACACCUCGGUGGGAGAAGGUCAGGGUGGGCCUGCGGGGCAAGGCUCGGCCAGAGGGUGGGCAUCUCCUUGGAGACCUCCACUGUGGCCACAGGUCAGGCGUGUGUGGACAGGGCAUUACAAUCCGGGGGGGCAUUACCGUUCAGGAUACCAUCAUCAAAUCCACCCCGCCCCACAGUGCACGACACUAACAUAACCUCUGGAUUCCCCACUUUCCUGGACGAGGAGAUGAUGGUGGGGUCGGGGGGUGGUGCAUGCCCUUGGCUGUCAUCUGAUCCCCAGCAAAAUUUGGAUGUGAGAAACCACCCCCCUUCUCGUUUCAUGGCAAAACUCGAUCCUCUUUGAGUAGCCGUUACCUCCCAGACACUAUUGAGGACUGACGAAACAGGGGUGGCCAUGUGCUCCCUUAGCACCCGGGGUCGCCCCCUCUUCGAGGACAGUGCUGACCAUUUGGGAAUGGGGCUUAGGAGCGAGAAGAACCAAGCAGGGUUACCGCCCCCUCCUGAGUCGCAGGGACCCUGGUCACCCUGUGCAGAGGGAGCUGGCUCCAGCCCAGGAGGAAAAGGGCUGGAAAAGUGUGUGUGGGGUGCGGGGAGUCACCCAGGACAGACUUGGCUGGAGAUGAUCUCCAAAAGCCCUCUAUCGCAUUCACCUUCAGUUUUUGUGUUUUGGGACAAUUACUUUAGAAAACUUAAGUAGGUCGUUUUAAAAACAAAAAAUAUUGAUUGCUUUUUUGUAGUGUUCAAAAAAAGGUUCUUUGUGUAUAGCCAAAUGACUGAAAGCACUGAUAUAUUUAAAAACAAAAGGCAAUUUAUUAAGGAAAUUUGUACCAUUUCAGUAAACCUGUCUGAAUGUACCUGUAUACGUUUCAAAAACACCCCCACUGAAUCCCUGUAACCUAUUUAUUAUAUAAAGAGUUUGCCUUAUAAAUUUACAUAAAAAUGUC